CACAAAUAUUUGUAUCAGUCAGUAAAUAUUGAUUUGGCACCUACUGUGUGCCAGGUGCUAGAAAAAGGGCGGUGACAAAACAGACCAAUUCCCGUUCCUGCUUAUAUUCUGCUUCACAAGGUGGCUGGAGAGACACUACUCAUCCUAACCAUGGAAGCCUCUGGAGGGCUUUCACACACUGGGAUUCACAUCCACAUUUUGCAGAUGAGAAAACUGGGACCAGAGAAGAUCGAUGGCGGAGCUGGGCCAGGACCCAGCUUUUCUGAGGGUCUCAGGCAGUGCUGCUGAGCACGGGAGGCAGCCCUGUGGGCGUCCUGGAAGAGGCAUUUUACGCUGAAUCUUACAGGGCCUCAGGGCCUGGGAGGAGAGGUGGGGAACAGUACAGGACGCAGCCACCACAGUCUGGGCAGGAACAAUUUCAGGAAGGUUUUAAGGAGGGCAAGGCCUUUUGUUCCCCAGGGAGGAGGCCCAGCCAGAGCUUUAAAUACCCUGGGCAGCCCAGAAUAGCCCCCAUUGUGUUGUUCUGCAGCUGGGGGACCCAGGGAGGAACCAGCAUCGCCGUGGAGGAUCCUGAGGGGGCUGAUGCUGGCAGAUUCUGGAGGUGGGGCGGGGAGGUCUUCAGGCACUUCCCUAUAUGGUGCGGUGGCAUUUCUGUGGAAGGCUUUUCCAGUCGGGCUCAGGCAGGAAGGCCUGCUUUGUGGGAAGGGUGGAGCAGCAGCUCAAGUUCUGCGUGAGCAACGUGCAGCUGAGGGGGGAGCCUGGUGGGUGGGGGACUCCCAGGGACAGCUCCAUGGCCGACUGAAGGUUCCUCUUUGUGCACCAGAGGUGACCCACGGGCUGAGCGCGUACGAUGGCUUAUCUCUGCCUGAGGACACGGAGACCGUCACAGCAAGCCAAAUGCGCUGGACACAUUCGUACCUUUCUGAUGAUGAGGACAUGCUGGCUGACAGCACCUCCGGAGACGACCUGGGCAGUGGGGACCUGGGCAGCGGGGACUUCCAGAUGGUUUAUUUCCGAGCCCUGGUGAAUUUCACUCGCUCCAUCGAGUACAGCCCUCAGCUGGAGGACGCAGGCUCCAGAGAAUUCCGAGAGGUGUCCGAGGCUGUGGUAGACACGCUGGAGUCGGAGUACUUGAAAAUUCCCGGAGACCAGGUUGUCAGUGUGGUGUUCAUCAAGGAGCUGGACGGCUGGGUUUUUGUGGAGCUGGAUGUGGGCUCGGAAGGGAAUGCAGACGGGGCUCAGAUUCAGGAGGUGCUGCUCAGGGUCAUCUCCAGUGGCUCCAUGGCCUCCUACAUCACCUCUCCCCGGGGAUUCCAGUUCCGACGCCUGGGCACAGCACAGACCCCCCCACCCCCGCCGGCCGCUGUGGCGGUCGCAGUGACACCAGUGCCCCAGUUCCCAAGAGCCUGCACGGAGGCUGAGUUUGCCUGCCACAGCUACAAUGAGUGUGUGGCCCUGGAGUAUCGCUGUGACCGGCGACCCGACUGCAGGGACAUGUCUGAUGAACUCAAUUGCGAGGAACUGGUCCUGGGGAUCAGCCCCACAGUCUCUCUCCUGGUGGAGACGACACCUUUACCGCUGCGGCCGGAGACAGCCAUCAUGCGACAGCCACCAGUCACCCACGCUCCUCAGCCCCUGCUUCCCGGUUCCGUCAGGCCCCUGCCCUGUGGGCCCCAGGAGGCCGCAUGCCGCAGUGGUCACUGCAUCCCCGGAGACUACCUCUGCGACGGACAGGAGGACUGCGAGGACGGCAGCGAUGAGCUGGACUGUGGACCCCCACCACCCUGUGAGCCCAAUGAGUUCCCCUGUGGGAAUGGACAUUGUGCCCUCAAGCUGUGGCGCUGUGAUGGUGAUUUUGACUGUGAGGACCGAACUGACGAAGCCAACUGCCCCACCAAGCGCCCUGAAGAGGUGUGUGGGCCCACACAGUUCCGAUGCGUCUCUACCAACGUGUGCAUCCCAGCCAGCUUCCACUGUGACGAGGAGAGUGACUGUCCCGACCGGAGCGACGAGUUUGGCUGCAUGCCCCCCCAGGUGGUGACGCCUCCUCAGGAGUCCAUCCAGGCUUCCCGGGGCCAGACAGUGACCUUCACCUGCGUGGCCAUUGGCGUCCCCACCCCCAUCAUCAAUUGGAGGCUCAACUGGGGCCACAUCCCCUCUCAUCCCAGGGUGACAGUGACCAGCGAGGGGGGCCGUGGCACACUGACCAUCCGUGACGUGAAGGAGUCAGACCAGGGUGCCUACACCUGUGAGGCCAUGAACGCCCGGGGCAUGGUGUUUGGCAUUCCUGACGGUGUCCUUGAGCUCGUCCCACAGCGAGCAGGCCCCUGCCCUGACGGCCACUUCUACCUGGAGCACAGCGCCUCCUGCCUGCCCUGCUUCUGCUUUGGCAUCACCAGCGUGUGCCAGAGCAGCCGCCGCUUCCGGGACCAGAUCAGGCUGCGCUUUGACCAACCCGAUGACUUCAAGGGUGUGAAUGUGGUGAUGCCUGCACAGCCCAGCAUGCCACCCCUCUCCUCCACGCAGCUGCAGAUCGACCCAGCCCUGCACGAGUUCCAGCUAGUCGACCUGUCCCGCCGCUUCCUCGUCCACGACUCCUUCUGGGCUCUCCCUGAGCAGUUCCUGGGCAACAAGGUGGAUUCCUAUGGUGGCUCCCUGCGUUACAACGUGCGCUACGAACUGGCCCGUGGCAUGCUGGAGCCAGUGCAGCGGCCGGACGUGGUCCUCGUGGGUGCCGGGUACCGCCUCCUCUCCCGAGGCCACACGCCCACCCAACCUGGUGCUCUGAACCAGCGCCAGGUCCAGUUCUCUGAGGAGCACUGGGUCCAUGAGUCUGGCCGGCCGGUGCAGCGCGCGGAGCUGCUGCAGGUGCUGCAGAGCCUGGAGGCCGUGCUCAUCCAGACCGUGUACAACACCAAGAUGGCCAGCGUGGGGCUGAGCGACAUCGCCAUGGAUACUACUGUGACCCACGCCACCAGCCAUGGCCGUGCCCACAGUGUGGAGGAGUGCAGAUGCCCCAUUGGCUAUUCUGGCUUGUCCUGCGAGAGCUGUGAUGCCCACUUCACUCGGGUGCCUGGUGGGCCCUACCUGGGUACCUGCUCUGGCUGCAAUUGCAAUGGCCAUGCCAGCUCCUGUGACCCUGUGUAUGGCCACUGCCUGAAUUGCCAGCACAACACGGAGGGGCCACAGUGCAACAAGUGCAAGGCUGGCUUCUUUGGGGAUGCCACGAAGGCCACGGCCACUGCCUGCCGGCCCUGCCCUUGCCCAUACAUCGAUGCCUCCCGCAGAUUCUCAGACACUUGCUUCCUAGACACGGAUGGCCAAGCCACAUGUGACGCCUGUGCCCCAGGCUACACCGGCCGCCGCUGUGAGAGCUGUGCCCCCGGAUACGAGGGCAACCCCAUCCAGCCCGGCGGGAAGUGCAGGCCUGUCAACCAGGAGAUUGUGCGCUGUGAUGAGCGUGGCAGCGUGGGGACCUCCGGCGAGGCCUGCCGCUGUAAGAACAAUGUGGUGGGGCGCUUGUGCAACGAAUGUGCUGACGGCUCUUUCCAUCUGAGUACCCAAAACCCCGAUGGCUGCCUCAAGUGCUUCUGCAUGGGUGUCAGUCGCCAGUGUACCAGCUCUUCCUGGAGCCGUGCCCAGGUGCAUGGGGCGUCUGAGGAGCCUGGUCACUUCAGCCUGACCAACGCUGCAAGCACCCACACCACCAACGAGGGCAUCUUCUCCCCCACGCCCGGGGAACUGGGAUUCUCCUCCUUCCACAGACUCCUAUCUGGACCCUACUUCUGGAGCCUCCCUUCACGCUUCCUGGGGGACAAGGUGACCUCCUAUGGAGGAGAGCUGCGCUUCACAGUGACCCAGCGUUCCCAGCCAGGCUCCACACCCCUGCACGGGCAGCCAUUGGUGGUGCUGCAAGGUAACAACAUCAUCCUAGAGCACCACCCGGCCCAGGAGCCCAGCCCCGGCCAGCCCAGCACCUUCACUGUGCCCUUCCGGGAGCAAGCCUGGCAGCGGCCCGAUGGGCAGCCAGCCACACGGGAGCACCUGCUGAUGGCGCUGGCAGGCAUCGACACCCUCCUGGUCCGAGCGUCCUACGCCCAGCAGCCCACUGAGAGCAGGGUCUCUGGGAUCAGCAUGGACGUGGCUGUGCCUGAGGAAACCGGCCAGGACCCCGCGCUGGAAGUGGAGCAGUGCUCCUGCCCACCCGGGUACCGUGGCCCGUCCUGCCAGGACUGUGACACAGGCUACACACGCACACCCAGUGGCCUCUACCUGGGUACCUGCGAACGCUGCAGCUGCCAUGGUCACUCAGAGGCCUGCGAGCCCGAAACAGGUGCCUGCCAGGGCUGCCAGCAUCACACAGAGGGCCCUCGGUGUGAGCAGUGCCAGCCAGGAUACUACGGGGACGCCCAGCGGGGGACACCACAGGACUGCCAGCUGUGCCCCUGCUACGGAGACCCUGCUGCCGGCCAGGCUGCCCACACUUGUUUUCUGGACACAGACGGCCACCCCACCUGUGAUGCGUGCUCCCCAGGCCACAGCGGGCGUCACUGCGAGAGGUGUGCCCCUGGCUACUAUGGCAACCCCAGCCAGGGCCAGCCAUGCCGGAGAGACGGCCAGGUGCCAGGGCCCAUAGGCUGCAACUGUGACCCCCAAGGCAGUGUCAGCAGCCAGUGUGACACUGCUGGUCAGUGCCAGUGCAAGGCCCAGGUGGAAGGCCUCACCUGCAGCCACUGCCGGCCCCACCACUUCCACCUGAAUGCCAGCAACCCCGAGGGCUGCCUGCCCUGCUUCUGUAUGGGCAUCACCCAGCAGUGCGCCAGCUCCGCCUACACGCGCCACCUGAUCUCCACCCACUUUGCCCCUGGGGACUUCCAAGGCUUUGCCCUAGUGAACCCACAGCGGAACAGCCGCCUGACUGGAGAAUUCACUGUGGAACCGGUGCCCGAGGGUGCCCAGCUCUCUUUUGGCAACUUCGCCCACCUUGGCCACGAAUCCUUCUACUGGCAGCUGCCGGAGACAUACCAGGGAGACAAGGGAGAGGCAUACUUUGCGCGGAUGCGCCGGGCUCACCAGAACCGCACGUCCCUCUCAGAGGAGCAGUUGCGGGCAGCCAUGACAGCUGGGAGGAUCCCAGGGCCCCCAGAGGGCAGGGACCAGGCACAGCAGGCAUCACAGGUGGACGAGGCUCAGAGACGGAUGGAUGCUGAGAUCUGGCAGCUUCUGUCCAGCUUUGCUGCCCACCCGCAACCCCCUCCCCAGGGGCUCUCUCCUCAUCCCCAGCCUGCAGCUGCUCUGCGAGCAGCACCCCCUUCUUCCUCCUCCUCCUCCUCCUCCUCCUCCACGUUCUCCUCCUCCUCCACCUCUUCUUCAGCCUCUCUGUCUUUCCCACCAGGCUCUCAGUUCUCUCUCUCCUACGAAGGCUUCUCUCUGCUCCCUGGAAGCCUCUAUUACUGGCAGCUGCCCCGGGCCUUCCUGGGGAACAAGGUGGCGGCCUAUGGUGGGAAGCUGCGAUACACCCUCUCCUACACGGCAGGCCCACAGGGCAGCCCACUCUCUGACCCCGACGUGCAGAUCACGGGCAACAACAUCAUGCUAGUGGCCUCCCAGCCAGCGCUCCAGGGCACCGAGAGGAGGAGCUACGAGAUCGUGUUGCGAGAGGAAUUCUGGCGCCGUCCCGAUGGGCAGCCAGCCACACGCGAGCACCUCCUGAUGGCACUGGCUGACCUGGAUGAGCUCCUGAUCCGGGCCACAUUCUCCUCCGUGCCGCUGGCGGCCAGCAUCAGCGCAGUCAGCCUGGAGGUCGCCCAGCCCGGGCCCUCCAGCGGACCCCGGGCCCUCGAGGUGGAGGAGUGCCGCUGCCCCCCAGGCUACAUCGGUCUGUCCUGCCAGGACUGCGCCGCCGGCUACACGCGCACCGGGAGUGGACUCUACCUUGGCCACUGCGAGCUGUGUGAAUGCAAUGGUCACUCAGACCUGUGCCACCCGGAGACCGGGGCCUGCUCGCAAUGCCAGCACAAUGCUGCAGGGGAGUUCUGCGAGCUGUGUGCCCCUGGCUACUACGGAGAUGCCACAGCCGGGACGCCUGAGGACUGCCAGCCCUGUGCCUGCCCACUGACCAACCCAGAGAACAUGUUCUCCCGCACCUGUGAGAGCCUGGGAGCCGGUGGGUACCGCUGCACAGCCUGCGAACCCGGCUACACUGGCCAGUACUGUGAGCAGUGUGCCCCAGGUUACGUGGGUAACCCCAGCGUGCAAGGGGGCCGGUGCCUGCCAGAGACAAACCAAGCCCCACUGGUGGUCGAGGUCCAUCCUGCUCGAAGUGUAGUGCCCCAAGGUGGCUCCCACUCCCUGCGGUGCCAGGUCAGUGGGAGCCCACCCCACUACUUCUAUUGGUCCCGUGAGGAUGGGCGGCCUGUGCCCAGCAGCACCCAGCAGCGACAUCAAGGCUCUGAGCUCCACUUCCCCAGCGUCCAGCCCUCGGACGCCGGGGUCUACAUUUGCACCUGCCGUAAUCUCCACCAUGCCAAUACCAGCCGGGCAGAGCUGCUGGUCACUGAGGCUCCAAGCAAGCCCAUCACAGUGACAGUGGAGGAGCAGCGGAGCCAGAGCGUGCGCCCCGGAACCGAUGUCACCUUCAUCUGCACAGCCAAAAGCAAGUCCCCAGCCUAUACCCUGGUGUGGACCCGCCUCCACAACGGGAAGCUGCCCACCCGAGCCAUGGAUUUCAACGGCAUCCUGACCAUUCGCAAUGUCCAGCUGAGCGAUGCGGGCACCUAUGUGUGCACCGGCUCCAACAUGUUUGCCAUGGACCAGGGCACAGCCACUCUACAUGUGCAGGCCUCGGGCACCUCGUCCGCCCCUGUGGUCUCCAUCCACCCGCCACAGCUCACAGUGCAACCCGGGCAACUGGCGGAGUUCCGCUGCAGCGCCACAGGGAGCCCCACGCCCACCCUCGAGUGGACAGGGGGUCCUGGCGGCCAGCUCCCUGCAAAGGCACAAAUCCGUGGUGGUAUCCUGCGCCUGCCAGCCGUCGAGCCCACAGAUCAGGCCCAGUACCUGUGCCGAGCCCACAGCAGCGCUGGGCAGCAGGUGGCCAGGGCUGUGCUCCACGUGCAUGGGGGCAGUGGACCCAGAGUCCAAGUGAGCCCAGAGAGGACCCAGGUCCACGAAGGCCGCACCGUCAGGCUGUACUGCAGGGCUGCAGGCGUGCCCAGCACCACCAUCACCUGGAGGAAGGAAGGGGGCAGCCUCCCACCACAGGCCCGGUCGGAGCGCACAGACAUCGCCACACUGCUCAUCCCAGCCAUCACAACUGCUGACGCCGGCUUCUACCUCUGUGUGGCCACUAGCCCCGCAGGCACCGCCCAGGCCCGGAUCCAAGUGGUUGUCCUUUCAGCCUCAGAUGCCAGCCCACCACCAGUCAAGAUUGAGUCCUCAUCACCUUCCGUGACAGAAGGGCAGACGCUCGACCUCAACUGUGUGGUGGCAGGGUCGGCCCACGCCCAAGUCACCUGGUACAGGCGAGGGGGCAGCCUGCCUCCCCACACCCAGGUCCACGGCUCCCGACUGCGGCUCCCCCAGGUCUCACCAGCUGAUUCUGGAGAAUAUGUGUGUCGCGUGGAGAAUGGAUCGGGCCCCAAGGAGGCCUCCAUUACUGUCUCUGUCCUCCACGGCACCCAUUCUGGCCCCAGCUACACCCCAGCGCCCGGCAGCACCCAGCCCAUCCGCAUCGAGCCCUCCUCCUCACACGUGGCUGAAGGGCAGACCCUGGAUCUGAACUGCGUGGUACCUGGGCAGGCCCACGCCCAGGUCACAUGGCACAAGCGUGGGGGCAGCCUCCCUGCCCGGCACCAGACCCACGGCUCGCUGCUGCGGCUGCACCAGGUGACCCCGGCCGACUCAGGCGAGUACGUGUGCCGUGUGGUGGGCACCUCCGGCCCCCUGGAGGCCUCAGUCCUGGUCACCAUCGAGGCCUCUGUCAUCCCUGGACGCGUCCCACCUGUCAGGAUCGAGUCUUCAUCCUCCACAGUGGCCGAGGGGCAGACUCUGGAUCUGAGCUGUGUGGUAGCAGGGCAGGCCCAUGCCCAGGUCACAUGGUACAAGCGCGGGGGCAGCCUCCCUGCCCGGCACCAGGUUCGUGGCUCCCGCCUGUACAUCUUCCAGGCCUCACCUGCCGACGCGGGACAGUACGUCUGCCGGGCCAGCAACGGCAUGGAGGCCUCCAUCACGGUCACAGUAACUGGGACCCAGGGGGCCAACUUAGCCUACCCUGCCGGCAGCACCCAGCCCGUCCGCAUCGAGCCCUCCUCCUCACAGGUGGCUGAAGGGCAGACCCUGGAUCUGAACUGCGUGGUGCCUGGGCAGUCCCAUGCCCAGGUCACAUGGCACAAGCGUGGGGGCAGCCUCCCUGUCCGGCACCAGACCCACGGCUCCCUGCUGAGACUCUACCAAGUGUCCCCCGCCGACUCAGGCGAGUACGUGUGCCGAGUGGCAGGCAGCUCCGUGCCUCUAGAGGCCUCCGUCCUGGUCACCAUUGAGCCUGCGGGCUCAGUGCCGGCACUUGGGGUCACCCCCACAGUCCGGAUCGAGUCAUCAUCUUCGCAUGUGGCUGAAGGGCAGACCCUGGAUCUGAACUGCCUCGUUGCCGGUCAGGCCCAUGCCCAGGUUACAUGGCACAAGCGCGGGGGCAGCCUCCCGGCCCGGCACCAGGUGCAUGGCUCGAGGCUACGGCUGCUCCAGGUGACCCCAGCUGACUCAGGGGAGUACGUGUGCCGUGUGGUUGGCAGCUCGGGCACCCAGGAAGCCUCGGUCCUUGUCACCAUCCAGCAGCGCCUUAGCGGCUCCCACUCCCAGGGCGUGGCAUACCCUGUCCGCAUCGAGUCCUCCUCAGCCUCCCUGGCCAAUGGACACACCCUGGACCUCAACUGCCUGGUUGCCAGCCAGGCUCCCCAUACCAUCACCUGGUAUAAGCGUGGAGGCAGCUUACCCAGCCGGCACCAGAUCGUGGGCUCCCGGCUGAGGAUCCCUCAGGUGACUCCGGCGGACUCGGGCGAGUACGUGUGUCAUGUCAGUAACGGUGCAGGCUCUCGGGAGACCUCGCUUAUCGUCACCAUCCAGGGCAGCGGCUCCUCCCACGUGCCCAGCGUCUCCCCACCAAUCAGGAUCGAGUCCUCUUCCCCUACGGUGGUAGAAGGGCAGACCUUGGAUCUGAACUGUGUGGUCGCCAGGCAGCCCCAGGCUAUCAUCACAUGGUACAAGCGUGGAGGCAGCCUUCCCUCCCGACACCAGACCCAUGGCUCCCACCUGCGGUUGCACCAAAUGUCUGUGGCUGACUCGGGCGAGUAUGUGUGCCGGGCCAACAACAACAUUGAUGCCCUGGAGGCCUCCAUCGUGAUCUCCGUCUCCCCUAGAGCUGGCAGCCCCUCCGCCCCUGGCAGUUCCAUGCCCAUCAGGAUUGAGUCAUCAUCCUCACACGUGGCCGAAGGGCAGACCCUGGAUCUGAACUGCGUGGUCCCCGGGCAGGCCCAUGCCCAGGUCACUUGGCACAAGCGUGGGGGCAGCCUCCCCAGUCACCAUCAGGCCCACGGCUCACGACUGCGGCUGCACCAGGUGUCCCCGGCCGACUCGGGUGAAUACGUGUGCCGGGUGAUGGGCAGCUCUGGCCCCCUGGAGGCCUCAGUCCUGGUCACCAUUGAAGCCUCUGGCUCAAGUGCUGUCCACGUUCCCGCUCCAGGUGGAGCCCCACCUAUCCGCAUCGAGACCUCCUCCUCCCGAGUGGCCGAAGGGCAGACCCUGGAUCUGAAGUGCGUGGUGCCCGGGCAGGCCCACGCCCAGGUCACGUGGCACAAGCGUGGAGGAAACCUCCCUGCCCGGCACCAGGUCCACGGCCCACUGCUGAGGCUGAACCAGGUGUCCCCAGCCGACUCUGGCGAGUACUCGUGCCAAGUGACUGGAAGCUCAGGCACCCUGGAGGCAUCUGUCCUGGUCACAAUUGAGCCCUCCAGCCCAGGCCCCAUUCCUGCUCCAGGACUGGCCCAGCCCAUCUACAUCGAGGCUUCCUCUUCACACGUGACUGAAGGGCAGACUCUGGAUCUGAACUGUGUGGUGCCCGGGCAGGCCCAUGCCCAGGUCACGUGGUACAAGCGCGGGGGCAGCCUCCCCGCCCGGCACCAGACCCAUGGCUCCCAGCUGCGGCUCCACCAGGUCUCCCCUGCUGACUCAGGCGAGUAUGUGUGUCGUGCAGCUGGUGGCCCAGGCCCUGAGCAAGAAGCCUCCUUCACAGUCACCGUCCCACCCAGCGAGGGGUCUUCCUACCGCCUUAGGAGCCCGGUCAUCUCCAUCGACCCGCCCAGCAGCACCGUGCAGCAGGGCCAGGAUGCCAGCUUCAAGUGCCUCAUCCAUGAUGGAGCAGUCCCCAUCAGCCUCGAGUGGAAGACCCGGAACCAGGAGCUGGAGGACAACGUCCACAUCAGUCCCAAUGGCUCCAUCAUCACCAUCGUGGGCACCCGGCCCAGCAACCAUGGCACCUACCGCUGCGUGGCCUCCAAUGCCUACGGCGUGGCCCAGAGUGUGGUGAACCUCAGUGUGCACGGGCCCCCUACAGUGUCCGUGCUCCCCGAGGGCCCCGUGUGGGUGAAAGUGGGAAAGGCUGUCACCCUGGAGUGUGUCAGUGCCGGGGAGCCCCGCUCCUCUGCUCGUUGGACCCGGAUCAGCAGCGCCCCUGCCAAGUUGGAGCAGCGGACAUAUGGGCUCAUGGACAGCCGCGCAGUGCUGCAGAUUUCAUCAGCUAAACCAUCAGAUGCGGGCACUUACGUGUGCCUUGCUCAGAAUGCACUGGGCACAGCACAGAAGCAGGUGGAGGUGAUCGUGGACACAGGCGCCAUGGCCCCCGGGGCCCCUCAGGUCCAAGCUGAAGAAGCUGAGCUGACUGUGGAGGCUGGACACACGGCCACCUUGCGCUGCUCGGCCACAGGCAGCCCCACGCCCACCAUCCACUGGUCCAAGCUGCGUUCCCCACUACCCUGGCAGCACCGGCUGGAAGGUGACACACUCAUCAUACCCCGGGUAGCCCAGCAGGACUCGGGCCAGUACAUCUGCAAUGCCACUAGCCCUGCUGGGCACGCUGAGGCCACCAUCAUCCUGCACGUGGAGAGCCCACCGUAUGCCACCACGGUCCCAGAGCACGCUUCGGUGCAGGCAGGGGAGACGGUACAGCUCCAGUGCCUGGCUCACGGGACACCCCCACUCACCUUCCAGUGGAGCCGCGUGGGCAGCAGCCUUCCUGGGAGGGCUACUGCCAGGAACGAGCUGCUGCACUUCGAGCGUGCAGCCCCUGAGGACUCAGGCCGCUACCGCUGCCGGGUCACCAACAAGGUGGGCUCAGCCGAGGCCUUUGCCCAGCUGCUCGUCCAAGGCCCUCCCGGCUCUCUCCCUGCCACCUCCAUCCCAGCAGGGUCCACGCCCACCGUGCAGGUCACUCCUCAGCUAGAGACCAAGAGCAUCGGGGCCAGCGUUGAAUUCCACUGUGCUGUGCCCAGCGACCGGGGUACCCAGCUCCGUUGGUUCAAGGAAGGGGGUCAGCUGCCUCCGGGUCACAGCGUGCAGGAUGGGGUGCUCCGAAUCCAGAACUUGGACCAGAGCUGUCAAGGGACAUAUAUUUGCCAGGCCCAUGGACCUUGGGGGCAGGCCCAGGCCAGUGCUCAGCUGGUUGUCCAAGCCCUGCCCUCGGUGCUCAUCAACAUCCGGACAUCUGUGCAGACCGUGGUGGUCGGCCACGCCGUGGAGUUCGAAUGCCUAGCACUGGGAGACCCCAAGCCUCAAGUGACAUGGAGCAAAGUUGGAGGGCACCUGCGGCCUGGCAUUGUGCAGAGCGGAGGCGUCGUCAGGAUUGCCCACGUAGAGCUGGCUGAUGCGGGACAGUAUCGCUGUACUGCCACCAACGCAGCCGGCACCACACAAUCCCACGUGCUGCUGCUUGUGCAAGCCUUGCCCCAGAUCUCAAUGCCCCAAGAAGUCCGUGUGCCUGCUGGUUCUGCAGCUGUCUUCCCCUGCAUAGCCUCAGGCUACCCCACUCCUGACAUCAGCUGGAGCAAGCUGGAUGGCAGCCUGCCACCUGACAGCCGUCUGGAGAACAACAUGCUGACACUGCCCUCAGUCCGACCCCAGGACGCGGGCACCUACGUCUGCACUGCCACUAACCGCCAGGGCAAGGUCAAAGCCUUUGCCCACCUGCAGGUGCCAGAGCGGGUGGUGCCCUACUUCACACAGACCCCCUACUCCUUCCUACCGCUGCCCACCAUCAAGGAUGCCUACAGGAAGUUCGAGAUCAAGAUCACCUUCCGGCCCGACUCAGCCGAUGGCCUCCUUCUCUACUCGGGGAUGCUGCUGUACAAUGGGCAGAAGCGAGUCCCAGGGAGCCCCACCAACCUGGCCAACCGGCAGCCCGACUUCAUCUCCUUCGGCCUCGUGGGGGGAAGGCCCGAGUUCCGGUUCGAUGCAGGCUCAGGCAUGGCCACCAUCCGCCACCCCACGCCACUGGCCCUGGGCCAUUUCCACACCGUGACCCUGCUGCGCAGCCUCACCCAGGGCUCCCUGAUUGUGGGUGACCUGGCCCCGGUCAAUGGGACCUCCCAGGGCAAGUUCCAGGGCCUGGACCUGAACGAGGAGCUCUACCUGGGCGGCUACCCUGACUAUGGUGCCAUCCCCAAGGUGGGGCUGAGCAGCGGCUUCAUAGGCUGUGUCCGGGACCUGCGCAUCCAGGGCGAGGAGAUCAUCUUCCACGACCUCAACCUCACGGCGCACGGCAUCUCCCACUGCCCCACCUGUCGGGACCGGCCCUGCCAGAAUGGUGGUCAGUGCCAUGACUCCGAGAGCAGCAGCUACAUGUGCGUCUGCCCAGCUGGCUUCACCGGGAGCCGCUGUGAGCACUCACAGGCCCUGCACUGCCAUCCAGAGGCCUGUGGGCCCGACGCCACCUGUGUGAACCGGCCUGAUGGUCGAGGCUACACCUGCCGCUGCCAUCUGGGCCGCUCGGGGUUGCGGUGUGAGGAAGGUGUGACGGUGACCACCCCCUCACUGUCGGGUGCUGGCUCCUACCUGGCGCUGCCCGCUCUCACCAACACACACCAUGAGCUACGCCUGGACGUGGAGUUCAAGCCACUCGCCCCUGACGGGGUCCUGCUGUUCAGCGGGGGGAAGAGCGGGCCUGUGGAGGACUUCGUGUCCCUGGCGAUGGUGGGCGGCCACCUGGAAUUCCGCUACGAGCUAGGGUCAGGGCUGGCUGUUCUGCGGAGCGCCGAGCCGCUGGCCCUGGGCCGCUGGCACCGCGUGUCUGCAGAGCGUCUCAACAAGGACGGCAGCCUGCGGGUGAAUGGUGGACACCCUGUGCUGCGCUCCUCGCCCGGCAAGAGCCAGGGCCUCAACCUGCACACCCUGCUCUACCUGGGGGGCGUGGAGCCUUCCGUGCCACUGUCCCCAGCCACCAACAUGAGCGCUCACUUCCGCGGCUGUGUGGGCGAGGUGUCAGUGAAUGGCAAACGGCUGGACCUCACCUACAGUUUCCUAGGCAGCCAGGGCAUCGGGCAGUGCUAUGACAGCUCCCCAUGUGAGCGCCAGCCAUGCCAACAUGGUGCCACGUGCAUGCCCGCUGGCGAGUAUGAGUUCCAGUGCCUGUGUCGAGAUGGAUUCAAAGGAGACCUGUGUGAGCACGAGGAGAACCCCUGCCAGCUCCGUGAACCUUGUUUGCAUGGGGGCACCUGCCAGGGCACCCGCUGCCUCUGCCUCCCUGGCUUCUCUGGCCCACGCUGCCAACAAGGCUCUGGACAUGGCAUAGCGGAGUCCGACUGGCAUCUUGAAGGCAGCGGGGGCAAUGAUGCCCCUGGGCAAUACGGAGCAUAUUUCCACGAUGAUGGCUUCCUUGCCUUCCCUGGCCGUAUCUUCUCCAGGAGCCUGCCCGAGGUGCCCGAGACCAUCGAGCUGGAGGUUCGGACCAGCACGGCCAAUGGCCUCCUGCUCUGGCAGGGUGUGGAGGUGGGAGAGGCCGGCCGAGGCAAGGACUUCAUCAGUCUCGGGCUUCAAGAUGGGCACCUUGUCUUCAGGUACCAGCUGGGUAGUGGGGAGGCCCGCCUGGUCUCUGAGGACCCCAUCAAUGACGGCGAGUGGCACCGAGUGACAGCACUGCGGGAGGGCCGCAGAGGUUCCAUCCAGGUCGACGGUGAGGAGCUGGUCAGCGGCCGGUCCCCAGGUCCCAACGUGGCAGUCAACGCCAAGGGCAGCGUCUACAUCGGCGGAGCCCCCGACGUGACCAUUCUGACCGGGGGCAGGUUCUCCUCGGGCAUCACAGGCUGUGUCAAGAACCUGGUGCUGCACUCGGCCCGACCCGGCGCCCCGCCCCCACAGCCCCUGGACCUGCAGCACCGCGCCCAGGCCGGGGCCAACACACGCCCCUGCCCCUCGUAGGCACCUGCCAGCCCCACACGGACUCCCGGGCCGCGCCCCAGCCCGACAACGUCGAGUAUAUUAUUAUUAAUAUUAUUAUGAAUUUUUGUAAGAAACUGAGGCGAUGCCACGCUUUGCUGCUACCGCCCUGGGCUGGACUGGAGGUGGGCACGCCACCCCCACCCACACAGCUGGGCAAAGCCACAAGGCUGGCGGGCAAGGCAGGUUUGAUGGGAGUAGGCGCCUCAGAAAGCCACCAGGACUUGGGGUCAGGAAUGGUGGCUGGGUGGGCCCAGAACUGCCCCCACUCUCCCCCUACCCACCAAUGGAGCCCCCAAGAUAGAGCUGGGUGGCCUGUUUCUGCAGCCCUUGGGCAGUUCUCACUCCUAGGAGAGCCAGCCUCGGCUUGUAGGCUGGUGCCCCACAGCUACCUGAGACGGGCAUCGCAGGAACCUCUGCCACCCACUCAGGAUUGGGAAUUGUCUUUAGUGCCGGCUGUGGAGCAAAAGGCAGCUCACCGCUGGGCAGGCGGUCCCCAUCCCCACCAGCUCGUUUUUCAGCACCCCCACCCACCUCCACCCAGCCCCUGGCACCUCCUCUGGCAGCCUCCCCUUCCUACCACGCCCUCCUCCUGGCCUGCAUUCCCACCCCCUUCUGCCAGCACACAGCCCGGGGUUCCUCCCUCAGGGGCUGUAAGGGAAAACCCACCCCAACUCUUACCAGGAGCUGCUACAGGCAGAGCCCAGCACUGAGAAGGCCCCGCCCACUGGGCCUUGCCCACCCCAGGCCACAUCCCCACUCAUCUGGAAGUGAAGGCCCAGGGACUCCUCAGAUGCCGCUGGUGCCCAGGAAGAGCUAGUGCCUUGGGUGGGGGAAGGCAGAACUCACAACUGGGAGAGAGAGGAGGGGGAUAUGACCACCGACCACCCUGCCCCAUCUGCGGGAGCCUGAAGAUCCAGCUCGAGUGCCAUCCUGCCAGUGGCUCCCAGACUGUGGGGUUGGGACGCCUGGCCUCUGUGUCCUAGAAGGGACCCUCCUGUGGUCUUUGUCUUGAUUUUUCUUAAUAAACGGUGCUAUCCCCGC